CGCGCGACUCGACUGCUGAAGGCGAGUGCUCACUUCUCAGCCGCCGUUGCACUCCUCAACCCAUGGUUCCGACCGCUGCAGUCUCAUCGGUGACGCCGAAAUCCGGCCGCAAGACAGCGCAGGCCAAGAGGGACAAGAAGCGCCACAAAGGUCUGGCAGAGGUGCCAUUGCAGAUCAUAGACAAGCCCGCUGUUCCUCCCAAUGUCGACCCAAAUGAUCUCAUCUCGAUCGAGAAUAUGACCCUUAUUGGUUCAUAUAGCUGGGUUGACUCUGCGGAGCCAACUAUUCUUGUCCCAGGUUCACCACCCGUGUGGCGUAACAGACCUACUCCUUACACGCUAGCACCUGAUAAGAAGAGCUUUGUCUACGAAGACGCAUACAGAAUGCCUAGGUUCCCAAACCUCGCUCGUAUGAGAGCGAUCGACAUCAUGACGAAGGAGAAAGGAAUCCACAUCGACUGGCCGGGCAUCGAUUUCAUCACCGACAGGAACGCAUUGCGGAAGCUGCUGAAGUGGGCUAGUGGGAGCUCAGGGAAGGAGUUCAGGAUUGAUCUUGAGCUCGUCGGAGAGCGAAUGGUCUGUCUGAACAGAUGGGAGCCAAAUAAUCAAGAUGUCAAUCACCGGCGCCAGCCGGGUUAUGGUCACCGAUUCGAGCUCGAGAGCACUCGCGCAGCCCCUGGUUGUGGGGGCACUACCGGCCAUCAUCGCAUAAGCUCAUAUACUUUCGGCGGUCUAAAAAUGAUCGUCUCAUAUGAAGUAGAUGCCUGCACUCCGACUUCUACUCCGAGCGCAACACGUACUGCCGCUGUCGACUCGCACCGUCCUUCCAAACCUUCGGCUCCUGGGUCCAGCCGGGCAGGCGCUUCGAAAAGCAACAAAGCACUAAACAUUGUCCGCGCUGGCUACGAAGUGCCGCAGGACUCUUUGAUAGAACUGAAGUCGAGCGCGAAGAUCACAUGGACGGAUACUUAUCCCCAGCUAUACUUCGGCCAAAUCCCGUAUCUCUACCGAGGGAUCCAUGACCUCGGGAAGGUCCGACAAAUAGUGAAACGCGAGCGAACGGAGGAAGCACUGUUGCGCAUCGAUGGUGCAUUACAGGCGAACAUCCGCAAAUUGCGGGACGCCCUUCGAAUUAUCCAAACCCUUGUUGUCGAGCAUGGCCGUCAUGGACGCCUCACCGUACUCUACGAACAGAAGCAUGAUCGGCGUCUCGAAGUCUACAGAAGGACGUCGCAGGCCAGCUGUCUACCACCGGAAAUCUUGAGGCGAUUCGAGACACCCGAAGCCUGAGGGCGAUGUUGUAGCAACCAACAUUGUGGGCUGUAGGUGAU